AUGCAUCAACCUACACCCACCGCACUCGCCUCCACUGCCCACACUGCCCUCGCACCUUCAGGCAUCGCAUGGGCCUAUUCGGCCACAUGCGCAUCCACGAGAGCGGCCUUGACCGCAACUCCAACACACCCACGACACCCAGCACACCCACCACGCCCAUUCCCACCCUCGCCCCAUCGCCCUGCGCGCCCAUCGCCCUGCGCGCCCAUCACCCCCAUCACCGCCUUCUCCGUUGCUCACACUGACGCCGCCGACUUCACCUGCCCACACUGUUCACGCACAUUCACCUCACGCAUCGGCCUGGUCGGUCACUUGCGAAUCCAUCGCACAGAGACUGGCAAACCAGUGCCUGGAGCGCCAACCUAUACCCACCACGCUCGACUCAACUGCCCACACUGCCCUCGCACCUUCAGGCACCGCACGGGCCUAUUUGGCCACAUGCGCAUCCACGAGAGCGGCCUUGACCGCACUCCCGACACACCCACCACAUCCAACACAUCCACCGUGCACACCCCCAUCCUCGCUCCAUCCGUCUGCGCCACCACCACCGCCUUCUCUGUAGCUGACACUGACGCCGCCGACUUCACCUGCCCACACUGUUCACGCACAUUCACCUCACGCAUCGGCCUGGCCGGUCACUUGCGAAUCCAUCGCACAGAGACUGGCGAACCAGUGCCUGGAGCACCCACCUAUACCCACCAAGCUCCCCUCAACUGCCCACACUGCCCUCGCACUUUCACGCAUCGCAUGGGUCUCUUCGGCCACAUGCGCAUCCACGACGACCUGCGGUAG